AUGUCCGCGGCCGCCUACAUGGACUUCGUGGCUGCCCAGUGUCUGGUUUCUAUUUCGAACCGCGCUGCGGUGCCGGAGCACGGGGGCGCUCCGGACGCCGAGCGACUGCGACUACCUGAGCGCGAGGUGACCAAGGAGCACGGCGACCCGGGGGACACCUGGAAGGAUUACUGCACGCUGGUCACCAUCGCCAAGAGCUUGUUGGACCUGAACAAGUACCGACCCAUCCAGACCCCCUCGGUGUGCAGCGACAGUCUGGAGAGUCCGGAUGAGGAUAUGGGAUCUGACAGCGACGUGACCACCGAAUCUGGGUCGAGUCCUUCUCACAGCCCGGAGGAGAGACAGGAUCCUGGCAGCGCGCCCAGCCCGCUCUCCCUCCUCCACCCUGGAGUGGCUGCGAAGGGGAAACACGCCUCCGAAAAGAGGCACAAGUGCCCCUACAGUGGCUGUGGGAAAGUCUAUGGAAAAUCCUCCCAUCUCAAAGCCCAUUACAGAGUGCAUACAGGUGAGCGGCCCUUCCCCUGCACGUGGCCAGACUGCCUUAAAAAGUUCUCGCGCUCGGACGAGCUGACGCGCCACUACCGGACGCACACGGGCGAGAAGCAGUUCCGCUGUCCGCUGUGCGAGAAGCGCUUCAUGAGGAGCGACCACCUCACCAAGCACGCGCGGCGCCACACCGAGUUCCACCCCAGUAUGAUCAAGCGCUCGAAAAAGGCGCUGGCCCACCCCUUGUGAGCCGGGGCGCGCGCCCGCCGGACCCAACCGCGCCGGCGCCCGGGGACACGGCUGGCCGCCAGGGGGCGCGCUGCGGGGGGCGCGGGGCCCAGCCCGCCGCCGCCCCCGCGCUCCCCUCCCCGCAGCGGUUUCUGAAAAGCACAGCGCAGCCCGCGAUCCAAGCCCACCCUGGGGCCCCUUGCAGAGGCAGCUCGGAACCGUCUCUGACUGCUGGAGGGAAGGCGGAUGCUUUGGUUUUGUUUUUUUUUUUUCUCUCUCUCUCUCCUUUAUUUUUUUUUGGGGGGGGGGGAGGGGGGUGGAGGGAGGGGGGCAAGGCCAAGGCCAAGACGGGGCUGGGGGAGGGGGUAAACUUUUAAAGAUUCAACACUGGUGUACAUACGUCUGACCCGGUGAGCGGACCUGUGGCGUCACACAGUGAUUCUGGGCCCUUUGUGCUUGCUGUCUCAGAAUUGUUUUCUUACCUUUUCGAUGUAAUGACGAGUGUGCUUCGGUUUCUUUAGCAAAACCACUCUCUUGAAUCACGUUAACCUUUGAGAUUAAAAAAAAAAAAAACACACAAAAAC